CUCAUUGUGCCAUUACUGUUUGCAUGUCGUAAACUUACUGGUGUCUUUCCCACAAGCUGAGUAAAAACAGCUGAGAUUGUAAAAAAUCGACAAAUAUCAAUCAUAUUCCACAGGACGAGCAUUUUAGCACGUUCAAACUAUCGAGAGAUGUCGAGAUAAAGAUUGUGUGUGUGGUCGAGUUCUGAAGGAGUUCAAGUUGGACUCUUGUUUGGUAGACUGGCGCUGAGAAUGAGACGUUGAUGGAAUAAUGGUAUUUCAUUCAAGUAUUUUCACGCGUAGCAGUUGAUUGAAAAGAAAAGUUUAUCAGCAAUCAGAUAGCACCUGUUAUAAAGGCUGGGUCUAAACUAUUGGGUUAAAUCGUUUCGCUGUCGCUAUUUUUUUGUAUUGCUUUUCAUUUGGAUAAUUUAGGACGCUGGAUAACAGUGCAAAGACGCGCCAAAAGAAAAUUUGUAGAGUCGACUUUGUUUAGAAAAUCUCUUAUCCAAAUGAGAGAUCAGUUAAGCUUACCGCUUUUCAGCCAAUCACAGCGCGCGAAAUAAAAAAACGACUUUUGACAAUCCACCACUGUUCUGAGCCAAUCACAGUGAGUCAUAAAUGCAAAGUGAAAAAGCUCAAAAGCAUGGUGUUAAACACAAUGGUAAAGCUGGAAAAACAAACUGGCUGUUCGGAAACAUAGACUUCUCUAUUUGUUCUUGGCUGGUUGGAAAAGAGUGGCGUAAUCAGGAUCAACACUAUAGUGUAAAAGAUGUUUCGAGUCCUCAUCGUACUCUUCGCUGCUUCAAUUAUUCCACAAUAUGAAUGCGCAUUCAAAAGAACCAAAGUGCUUAUCCUUGGGUCGGGAGUUUCUGGAAUAACAGCAGCAAAGACACUACUUGAUAGCGGUGUUAACGACUUCCUCAUCCUUGACGCACAAGACUACAUUGGCGGGAGGUUCAAACAAGUUGAUUUUCAAGGAUUCAAGCUCGAAGAAGGAGCGAAUUGGAUUCACCAUGUUGAUGAAAAUGACCCGUUAUGGAAGCUGAAGAUGAAGUAUAAACUGAGAGGGAAAUAUACAAACUAUGAAGACACUAUCAUAAGGAAUGAAAAAGGUGAAUCUAUUCCAUACCAAGAAAUCCAGGAUCGUUUCGACCGAGCUUUGAAUGGAGCAAUGGACCUCGAGAAACAACGGCAGAAAGACAGUAGAAUUGACAUUCCCAUGAGAAUAGGACUAAACAUAAAAGGUUGGAAUCCACAGAAACCAUCAGAAAAGGUAGUCGAAUACCGUGAGGUUGACUUUGAAUACACCGAAAAACCUGAGAUGGAUUCGCUCAGUCAAAUCGAGACCCGUGGGACUGAUUUCUUCGUUGUUGACCCGCGAGGCUAUGGCCACAUCUGGAAAGAAACAGCGAAACCCUUCCAAGAUAAAAUAAAAUUGAAUACCGUGGUGACAAAGAUAAUGUACCACGAUAACGGCGUUCGUGUGGAAACAAAAGAUGGGAAUACCUAUGUUGCGAGCUUCGCGAUUUGUACGUUCAGUACAAGCGUUUUGAAGAGCAACUUGGUGCAAUUCUCCCCCGCCCUACCCUCGUGGAAAAUCGAGGCUCUUCACAAGGUCCCUAUGGGAGUCUAUACCAAAAUUUUCAUCAAGUUUCCGCGCAAGUUCUGGGACAGCCAUGAGUUUAUCUUAUAUGCGCACCGACAUCGGGGAUAUUAUCCCGUAUGGAUGGAUUUAGAAAUGCCCGGUAUUGCCCCGGGGUCGGGUCUUCUGCAUGUCACGGUGACCAGCGAGGUAGGACGUCGAGUUGAGAGACAGUCGGAGAAAGAAACGUUGUCGGAGAUCAUGACUGAACUUCGCAAGGUGUAUGGACCCAAUAUCCCUCAGGCACAAGGAAUUUUCUACAGCAAAUGGUCGCUGAACCCCUAUACCCAAGGCUCCUACCCUAACGCAGUGCCUGGUACUACUUCAAAUGAAUUUCACAAUCUUCAAGGGAACCUGAAGCGCCUUUACUUUGCCGGAGACGCUGUGGAUGAGACAUGGGUGGGGUUCGUCCAGGGGGCGUACGUUUCAGGUGCCCGGACGGCCAGAGCGGUGCUGAAGUGCAUAAAACGAGACUGCCCACAUUUUUACCCCAAAAAGACCGUCGUGCAAAGCGUUUUUGUGAACCAAAAGAGAUUUUGAAACAGGCGUGAUCUGCUUAUGAUAAAAUGUAUAUCAAUAAAUUAAAGUUUACUUGAUGA